AACUGGCUGUUUCUCUUCUUCUUCGAGAGCACCGAGAGAGGAAAAUUUCGGAGGAAGAGAAAAGUAACAUAACAAAAGAAGGCGAUGGAUCCGAAGAGGAAGCAGAUGAUUGUAUCUGGUCUUUGCAAACACUUCUCCGUGGAACCUGAGCCAUUUCUGGGUGGCGUUGGCGAGACUGAUAUCAAGAAGCUGUAUUCUAAUGUCCUGAAUUCAUCUGGAAAGGAAGUGUCUGCGCCAAAGGAAGAGGUCUUCCAGUGGCUGGAAUUCGUGGAGGGUCUCCCUCUGGAUUCCACAGCAUGUUUCCCUGCCCUUGAACAGUUGAAUGGGGAGUUGGUUACCAAGUCAGUGCUUUUGGGAAAGGGAUUGACACCGUCUGGUGCGGAUAUUGCUGUGUUUUCAGCUUUGCAUUCUUCAGUGCGUGGCCUCCCAGAUUCAGACAAGAAGAAAGUACCUCAUGUUAUGAGAUGGGUGAACUACAUUCAGAAUAGAGAAGAGUUGUCAGAACUAUUUGGGCCAAUACCUGUGGAGGAGCCGGAGUUUGACUUUGAGGUACUCAGAAGCGCCCCUAAGCUGGAAGCAGACUCUAAUGCAAAAAAUGUUGCACCGGGACAGGGUUCAAAAACUGUUGACAAGUCAGAAACACAGCAGAGCAACAAGAAAAACGAGUCUCAGAAAAAGGCAUCAAAAGAGAAGGAAGCCAGUCAAGAAAAGAAAAAGCCUGCUGAAACAGCAGCAACCGACAAAGAUAAAGAGCUUAGUGUCAGUUUGCUAAAUAUUCAGGUCGGUCUGAUUCGCAAAGCAUGGAAACAUCCAUCUGCAGAUAGUUUGCUGGUUGAAGAGAUAGAUGUCGGUGAGGGUAAAGUGAGACAGGUUGUCAGUGGCCUGGCAAAAUUCUGCAGCCCAGAUGAUUUGACGAACCGCCUUGUUGUGCUGAUCACCAAUGUAAAACCUGGAAAGCUAAGAGAUGUGUUGUCUGAAGGACUGGUUCUUUGUGCUUCGAAUGAGGAUCACACGGUCGUAGAGCCUUUGUUACCACCCGAAGGAGCCAAGCCCGGAGAGCGAGUUUCAUUUUCCGGGAUUGAAGGAAAGCCCGAAGAAGUGCUCAACCCGAAAAAGAAGCAGCUCGAGAAAAUAACACCGAAUCUCUUCACAGACGAAAAGGGUGUGGCCACAUACAAAGGUAUUCCAUUCAUGACCUCAGCCGGUCCAUGUUCUUCCAAGAUUCCAAAGGCUACCAUCAAGUGAUUUCUAUACGAUUACCUCCGGCAUGUCCUUGUCUUGAGUUUCUGAUGUCUUUUGUAUGCCGUGAAAUGGGUGAAAUCAUCGUUAAGGUUUUUGGGAUUUAUAUCUAUAUUCCAUGUUAUAUGGCACUUUUUUUUUUCUAUUAAUAUUUUGUGCUGUUCUUUUA